UAUAUAGCCAUUUCCCCUCCCAUCUAUGCACCAAGUGAUACAUUAACAGUGGGAUUGUAAAUACAGGCUUCACCUGGGGAAAACAAAACUGAGUCCGUAACAGUCGUGCUGGUAAUCACCAAACCUCUUUAUAGUUUAAGAUGACAAUUAAGUUAACUUAAUGUAGAAGUUGAGUCUCCAUUUGAAAUGGACGUAACAAAGAGCCCUUCAUGGAAACAGUGGAGCAUGCACAGAACACCUAGCCCAAUUUAGGGCAGAUUGAGGGAGAAGACGCAUCAAACAGACAUGCCUGCUGUUGCCAUGGUGCUUUUAGAUGCUGUCUGCCCUGCACAAUGGGGAAAAAGCCCUGAAGGCCCUGGCUCUUUGCAAGUUAGCUGUAGCCUGCCGAAGAUGCCUUUGCUAGUCACAGACUACUCAUGGACACAGACAGACUCGACGGUCUACAUCAGUGUGCCUUUAAAAGGAGCCACAGUCGGCAAAGUGGACAUCAUAUCUACAGAUGAAUACAUCAAGGUACAUUACCCACCGUAUUUAUUUGAAGCCUUCCUGUUUGAACCUGUGGAUGAUGCCAGAAGCACAGCAAGGGUUGGAGACGGGGCUGCACUGAUCAGUGUGCAGAAGAAAACCAACAAAUUGUGGGACCACCUGAUGUUAAGUACAAAUGACAAAGAAACAAAGAAGGGGAUCAGAGAAAGGGCUCUGUUGAAAUACCAGGAAAAGCUUUCUUCAGAGUCCAAAUCCAACGCAGAGAAAAAGCAGGCAGAGAAAAAAUAUGCACUGGAAACAAUGAUGAAGCUUGAACAGGAGGAAAGGGACAGUAUCCAGAAAAUGAAGGACACUGAGCGAGAGAAAACCAGUGCCGAGCUGGCAGCGUGGCAGCUGAGACAGAAAGAAAAGUUAGAAGAAGAAACUCAACUAAAACUUCAAAGUCAGAGAGAAAAUCAAAGCACAGUGCAAGUUGUGGCUAAGCAGGAAAAAGGAUGUUCAGGUGGAGGAACGGUCAAACCAAAACCGAAAAGUAAAGGUGCUGAAAACCGCAAGAAGAAUCAAGCAGACCUGCCUGCUCCAAGAACUGUUGGAAACAUUCAAGUCAGCUUUACUCCUCGAGUUUUUCCAACAGCCCUCAGGGAGUCAAGAGUGCAAGAAGAGGAAGAGUGGCUCCAAAAACAAGCCGAGGCAAGGCGUGCAGUACAUGCAGAUGUAGAAGAAUUAAAUGACCUGAAGGAGGAGCAGAGGAAUCCGGACUGGUUAAAGGACAAAGGAGAUAAAUGUUUUGCGACCGGGGACUACCUCGGGGCAGUGAACGCUUACAGCCUGGCUAUCAGGCUCAACAGGAAGAUCCCGGCUCUGUAUUCAAACAGAGCAGCAUGUCAUCUGAAGUUAAGAAACCUCCACAAGGCCAUUGAGGACUCUUCUCAGGCCCUGGAUCUGUUGACUCCACCAGUUGCUGCCAACGAAGCUGCCAGAGUCAGAGCCCAUGUCCGCAGAGGCUCUGCUUUCUGCCAGCUGCAGCUCUACGCAGAAGGGCUGCAGGACUAUCAAGCUGCUCUGAAGAUUGAUCCUCACAGUGAAACACUGCAGGCAGACACACAGAGAAUCAGAGACAUUAUUCAAGGAACUGCAGACUGAGACGCAGUGAGACUUUAGCGAGAUGUUUCUACAUUACAGGUACCAAUGGUUGCUGUAUGUUUGUAGCCAUAUGGGUCAAUUGUAAGGUUUUUUUAUGAAGUGAGAAUAGUUUCAUCAGCUUCUUAUCAAACAGUGUGGAUUUCUGAAGUAUAAUAAAGGGAUUGCAUACAGGAGACUGUAUCAGUAUGCCUAGAGCUCCCCCUUGAGGUAAAAUGAUGCAUCUCCUUAUAGACACACAAUCAGUUUAAUGAAGAUGAUUUUCUAAAUUAAUGAGACAUCAUAGAUCAGAGGUAAUAAAACCAGUCAACUUCAAUGUUUUAUCCCCAUUAGCUAAUACCAAGGUCACAACUAGUCCUCCUUAUAUUAACAAAUAUUAAUAUAGUCAGCCUCAAUUAUUUUAAAUGUCUGGCUACAGAAAAGCUUCUUCAAUACUGUAACCUUUAGCAAGACUUCUGACACAUUAGGAAUUAUGAGAAAAAUCCUGACCAGAUUUUUUUUUUUUUUUUGGCAGUUUAGUAAAAUGUGUUUUGUCAUCUUGAAAUAAAAGGAUGUCAAUAAAUGAAUGGGGGGAAAAUGUUA